GGAAGAAGGAUAAUCUUCAACCACACAGCCUACAGCCAUUGAAAUGAAAGGCCCAGUGAGCAAGAACCAGACGAUGUCAUGAUUCACGCUGCAAAAAGCCCAUUGACAACUGCGUUUCUUCUCCUAACCCUAGCAAUAAUUCCUCUUUCAUUUGUCUCCUACAUAAUCCUUGGGCUUCGAGGGAUCGACGUGUGGGCUCGAACUCGGACGAACACUGAACACAUGCAAAGCUCCGCGAUAUUCUCACCUGCUGCAAGGCCUGUGUUGGCUCCUGCUCGCGUCAAGUCUCUCUUCAGUCGCGCAACUCCCGGCAGCACCACCACUGAUCAUUCCUCCGGUUCCAUGGCUGCAACCGGCCCCAAGUGGGCUCAGAAGACCAUAACCUUGCCUCCUCAUCGCCGAGGCUGUCAUCUUAUUACUCCAAAGAUAAUGAAAGAAAUUGGACAAGAUUUAUCCGAAUUCAAGUGUGGUCUGGCCCAUCUGUUCUUGCAUCAUACAAGUGCUUCUCUUACCAUCAAUGAGAAUUAUGAUUCCGAUGUCCGAGGAGACACUGAGACAUUCCUCAACAAGAUAGUUCCCGAGGGAAGAUCUGCACCCUGGAAGCAUACACUUGAAGGUCCUGAUGACAUGCCAGCCCAUAUUAAAUCAUCAAUGUUUGGCUGUUCAUUGACGAUUCCAAUAACAAACGGACAACUUAAUAUGGGAACUUGGCAGGGGAUUUGGCUAUGUGAGCAUCGUGAUGCACCGACUCCCCGAAAAGUUGUUGUCACCCUUAAUGGGAUCUAGGUUGCUGAUUUGAGAAGAAAUUGGGGAGCUAUUAUUAUGUUUGUCUUUUGUAAUUUCGGUGAUAUAUUGUUGAGUCGUGAUAGUUUUGUAAGGUUUUUACUUGUUAAUACCUUCUUUCCUGGGUUCUAUUAUAAAGGAACUUCUUUCUUGGUGCUUGUUAAUAUGCUUUUAAUGUUAUGAAACUGCUGCUGUGACACCGAA